CAUGGACGCUUGUUGACAGGUCUCGGUUGAAAAUGUUUCAUAAGCAACUUAUAUAAUCUAAAUUUCGAAAACACGCGUGAAAACAUGUGAGCACAUCCUGGCCAGUGCCUAUAAAAGGUGGACAAUAAUUUGUAUAAACUGUGCAGACUUUUCUAGGGCUUGACACAACACUAAAUCGACAAUGCUCAGACAAGCUUUACUUUUUGCCGUGGCCGUGGCCCUUUCUUCGGCGCAAUCUUUCAGCUUUGGUGGAUGCCCCUCCGUGACCACCCAGCAAAGCUUUGAUCUCAACCAGUACCUUGGGAUAUGGUAUGAGUUGUACCGAUUCCCUACCAGCUACGAGUCCGGUCAAAAGUGCAUCACUGCUAACUACACCCUACAGGCCAACAACCACGUAUACGUACACAAUGAGGGAUUCGAACCAAAGACAGGCAAACCUUCAAUAGCCAUCGGUGAUGCGUAUCAGAAUGAUGUCCAGAACUCCCCCUCCAAACUGAAGAUCAGAUUCGCAGCCCAUACACCUUACGGAAACUACUGGGUUCUGAAGACAGACUACACCUCAUACACACUGAUAUACUCCUGUAUCGAUAUUGUCGGAAUCAGUCAUCUGGAACAGGCGUGGAUCAUGUCACGUGAAAGAUCUCUUCCACAAGAUAAGAUUGACGAGUUAAUGGCCGUCUACAAAAGUUUCAACAUUGAUACAAACCACUUCGUGAAAGCUGACCAAGAUAACUGCUAACCGCAACUUGAAUAUUCUACUUUCAUUUUCCAUUGUGAUAUCGUUAAACGUUUCAACAUACAUGCAAACCAUUUCAAAAUUUCAAAGCAUUUUUGUGAUAUAUAAUGAAAUAUUGGCGAUUGAGCCGUUUAAAGUGUUCAUCAUAACUGUACAUUUGUUAUGUUGUUUAAAUAUUCUGUAAAUACCUAAAUGCUGUGCUUAUAUGAUUAUGUUUUCUUUAAUAAAAAUGUGAUAUAAAAAUAAAA